AUGGGUGGUUACCUGAGCCGGCCUCGCGCUGGCCGGCGGUCCCCCGCUCUGGGGGGCGCGGACCCGCCCGAGAGACCCGAGCGCCUCGGGCCCGCGCACCCUGCCCGCCAUGUUCCCCCUGCUUGCCGGGUUCACUCGGCGGCCCCAACGCUGGACUUGGCUCGCAGGCUGUCGUACCAGGAUCUUGUGGCUUCACCCCGUCGUCGUCGUCGUCGUCGUCGUCGGCACCGUCGGUGGUUUCUCGUAGUCCAUCGGCGGCAAUAUCCAAUCCAGCAACCCCGGUGUCUAUUUCUGGGGGUCUUUUCCUCGGUGCCCUUGAGUGGCCAUCAGAAGCCACUGCUGUCUGCUUGCAGCUCCAAGACGUUCUGCACUAAAGUGAUGUUGAAGAUGGUAUCUGCUAAGGGCAAACUGAUGCUCCGUUUGGCUCUGAAGCAGUCAGUCGUCUGUAUGUGGUCUUACCUGUCUGUUCACCUCCCAAACCUUUGUGUAAAGGAGAUCCUGGUGAGGGCCCUUGAAGAGAGCGGUCAACUGAGAGCCAAGGAAGAGAAGGACCUGACAGCCCUGGCUGACAGCAAGAAAGGGCUAGAGAAGCAAAAGAAAGAGCACUCAGCCCCCGAGAGUCAGGACGAACAAAGAGGCUCGAACCCCGAUGAGAAACCGCAGUCCGCGUUUAGACGUCUGAUGGUCAACGGGGUCUUCUCUUCCUUUGUGCCCAGGCCUGGGCCUCUGAAGAGAGACUUCUCUUCCAAGAGCUCAGAAGAUACCCUGGUUAGGAAAUCCCAGACCUCCUUUUCGAGCUCAUGCAGCAAACGAAACGCCAUCACCAGUUCAUACAGCUCCACUAGAGGUUUCCCAGAGCUGCAGAGGAGCGAUCUAGGCGCAGCAGGGCUCCAGGGCCCAGGCUCAUCACAGCCUCGUGUGCUCUCAAAGAAAGCCAGCGAGGAAGGCCAUCAGUCUAGCCCUUCAGCCUCAGUGGAAUCACAGAAGAUCAAGAACGAAAAGGCUGCAGAUGGCCCCUUAGGGCAGAAACAAAUCUUAAAUUGCUCACAGCCAUCUGACAGUACCAGGCCCCGGAAACGCAAGAUUCCUCUGCUGCUGCCCUCGAGGCGAAACGGCCCACCGAUCCUGCCCUCACCCCCUCAGCUAGGUUAUCCAGUCACUGCCGAAGACCUUGACUUAGAGAAGAGAGCUGCGAUCCAGUGGAUCAACAAGGUCUUGGAAGGGUAA